AUGUUUAAACAAUCCACCUUUCUGCAGUUGAAGACCUUGUCUUCCUUAAAUAACUUGAACACUUCAAGGUCGUUAUAUACUAGUGUCUUGAAAAGUGAUAUUAAUAUUACAAAAAAUGGUAAAACUAAUAUUUCAGUAGGUCAAGGAGGCAGAUCCUCUAGAACUGGUUACACUGCUACAGUUUUUGGUGCUUCUGGGUUCUUGGGACGUUAUGUAACUUCAAAAUUAGCAAGACAUGGUACUAUAACCAUUGUUCCAUUUAGAGAUCAAAUGAAAUCAAGAUUCUUAAAAGUCACUGGUGAUUUAGGUGUUGUUAAUUUGGUUGAGUUUGAUUUAAGAAAUAUUAAAUCAAUUGAGGAUUCCAUAAAACAUUCCGAUAUUGUAUUUAAUUGUAUCGGUGCUGACUAUCACACCAAGAAUUUUUCAAUGGCUGAUAUUAAUAUUGAAGCAGCAAGAAGAAUUGCUAAAAUUACAAAAGAUUAUGAGGUUCCAAGGCUUGUCCAUGUUUCCUCAUACAAUGCUGACCCAGACUCAUCAUCUGUUUUUUAUGCCACCAAGGGUAUUGGAGAAGCUGCUGUUAGAGAAGAAUAUCCUAAUGCUACAAUUGUCAGACCUAGUCCAAUGUUUGGUAGAGAGGAUAAAAUAUUAAGACACUGGGGUAACAAAGCAACCAUAUUUAAUUUCAAUUCAAACAAAACGAAAAUUUAUCCAACCCAUGUUCUUGAUGUCGCGAAGGCGUUGGAACUUAUUGGUUUUGAUGAUUCUACAGAGGGUCAAUUGUAUGAGCUAUAUGGCAAUACUGAAUAUUCAUUGGAUGAAAUCAGAAAGAUUAUUGAACCAUUCACUAAACAAAAAUAUAUAAAUAUUGAUAUACCAAAACCAAUAGCAUUGUUAAUGACCAAUUAUCUUCAAUAUAUUUAUUGGAAAACUACCAACCCUGACCAAGUUGAAAGAGCUUAUAUUGAUCAGAUAAUCGAUUUCAGAGAUCCAAACAUAAAGACUUAUAACGAUCUAGGUAUUGUUCCUGAUACAUUAACAGACCAUGUUCUUAAAUACACCAAACAAUUUAGAACAUACUUACAUAGCCAUGAUUUACCACCAAGUGAGAAGGAAUUGAAAAAUUUGAGAAAAUAUGCUCAUGUUAUUGAAAAUUAA